CAGAAACCCUAAUGUGUUAUGUGACGUGAUCACUAGCGGGUUUCUCUUCAGAGAUAUAUAAGUCCCUUCAUUCCGAACAAUCGCAUAACAAGCAUCAAGGCCGCAGCUGUCUAACGCUCGUGGAUUGUCUGAGGAGCUCUGGCACUGGUCACGUUCUACUACUGGCACGUGUGAAAGACUAAAGACCAGAGGAUUUCUGGACACGUACAAAUAUGACAACCACUCUUCUCAGUUGCUGAAAAUCUCAAAAGCUACUGUCCCUACUACUCGAUGCCUUUGGCGUUGAUUUGCUGAUAAGAAUACCAGUUUUGGUUGGGGGACUCUUCUAUUCCGUGUCUGAAAGAGCAGGGAAACGUUGUGCUUAGGAAACGAUUUGUUGAUUUUUUGGCCAGAGUUUGUUAGUUAUUCUAUUACUUGUGAAUUUUAUAUGAGCAAGUGAGAGUUUUACUGAUACACGUUAUUCUCUAGAUAAUGAAAUCGAAUACACUGAGUGAUAUGAACAAACUUACAGGAACCGCAUUAACGAGUUUGUGCGUGACUUCACUCUUAUUUCAACUUACUGCUUCUUUCGAAUGUCAGUUCCCCGCUAGAUGGACUGGUCUGUGGUUUCAAAAAGGACUAGAGCCACCCAUCAGGAUAGAGGGUGACACUUUCUCCUGGAGGGGAAAGUGCAUUCAUUCAGAAGGCGAUUUAUUUUUAAUUGAUGACAGCCAGUUAGGAUGCUCAAGAUGUGUUGUGAUCUACGAGAAACAUCCCAAUGUCCUACAGUACAGAGAGACUUUCUGCGAAAAGCAUCAGAAUCUGGAUGAGGCAUGCGCAAAAUUAAGCGUUGAUGCUCAUCUACAUUCCAUGUUUAGAGUUGAUGCUGCUCCUGUUUCCUGUCCUUUCAAAGGACCUUUCACCUUUACCUAUAGCCGUGGUCAUGGAGAGUGCAACUAUCCAGUGUCCACGAUCGACUCCUGCACCGAUAACUCCAAACUUUUAUUCCGGUUUCAGGCUUGCGUGGAUGUGAUUAAAUCGGAGAGUAGUGAAGAAGAACUGACAUGUGUAGCGACGUGGAAGGAAGGUUCAUCUCAUUAUCUGGUAGGGAAAAUGAUCAAAAAGAAAAAACACAGGAUCUCUUACAAGGACGAAGACACUUACCGAUGUUUUAUUUACGACAGUCUUCCAGACAGCUUCCUUCUGUCUCAGUCAGCUGAUGCCACGUGUGACGGCCUUGUUUCACCAAGGGAGGGCUAUCGGACUAUGCACCUUAGAAAGAGCAAACACCCUUAUAUAGAAUGUCAAUUUCCUGGUUGGGUCACUGCUCAUCAGCAUUGGCAUACCCUAGACAACAGUAAGUCCUAUAUAUUCAGCCAAUGGAAUUCUAGUUUCCGCAUUAGCCAUAGUGAUCUUGGUUAUCAGGACACGAAAGUAACCUGUACCAAAGAGGUUAUCAACACAAUGAAUACGACAGUAGUGGUGGCAUACAGUACAUCAGGAUGUGAUAAUGGUUUUGUGUGCAUAAGCUUUCAUCGUAGGAACAAACACAUCACCGAACUUCAGAUUGGAAACUUCGCUAGAAGAGUUGAAGACGCUUGUCUCCCCCCAGUCCAUGUUCCUGGUAGCCAGGAGUACAUUACUUUAGUGACUUCCACGCCUCAUACUAACCUGUGUCCAGCAGUAGCAGAAACCGAUGGUCUUCGCGUAGAGACAGGAAAACUUAGCUCCUUGCCUGAAAAGUGCACCCAAUACUCCACAGCCGUUGUCGGUUGCAGGAAUGACAACACCUUGGAAUUUUUGACGAAAUGUGCAUCAUAUCGAGAAUUGAAACGAUUCCAAUGUCAUGGAACUUGGGAAGAAAAAGGUCGAACUUAUCUAGUAACUGGACUGAGAGAAUCACGACGCAAAUUCUGUUUUGUGUUCUCAUCUAAUUCACGAGUGACCCGGAUGUCAGGUUUACAUGAUACUUGUUCUCGUAAUGUUCAACCUGGUAUUACUGGGAACCUAACCUUCAACAUUACGGCAGCAGGAGAUUGUGACUAUACCCUAAACGCAGUCACCAGUCUAUCGUAUUCGGGAAGCCUACUUUUUGCUAUAUUUUUAGUUCUUACGAGAAAUAGUCGGUGAUUGGCUUGCCAGGGAUGUUUCAUGUGGAAGCUUUCGAUGCGUUUACCAGGAAACUAGGAAAGACUAGAAGAUCAUUUAAGUGCCUCUUUGUGAAGUCCCUCUCACGGUUGCUAGACAAACUUCCGAACAGUGAAUAGUCUUUCACAGCACCUUGACAUAUUUUCAGAAGAUGCGAUAAAGUCAGUUAGUGACAUUUAAUUUAUUAAGAUUAUAAGAAUUGUGAACACAGAAGAAUACUUAAAACUAAUUAUAUUUAUUGUAAAAUAAAAAGUGCAAUCAUUUUGGAGGCUGUGUUUAGUGUUAAUAUCAAAGACCAGAAUGAAAAAAAAAGAUUAGGUAAAGGAUAUAUUUGUAUAAUUGUAUGUGUACAUGUAAGUGUAUGUAUAUUUCGAUUAACCUACUCGUUUUGUAGGUAAAAAAACCCGAUGAUAUGGAUUUGUUAUUGAAGACUUACAUAAUUUUAUUUUAACAAACAAUGGAUCACCUUCUUUACCAUGUUUUGUUCUUGCUUAUGACAAAAGUACAUCUUAAUUAAGAACAUUGACGAAGAACGUUAUGUGAUUAAAACUCAGUACAUUCCUUUUCUAUAACAAACACACAAAACUUUUUUAAAGGCCUAAAUGCUUCACGGUAAUAUAUAUAUAAAUAAAUCUACAACAUUUAUUAUCAGAAACGUAGUUGCAACUACAUGCAAACAUACACACAAAUGUACAUGUAUAGUACAUAUAUAUGUAAUGGGAGAGAUUAAAACAAUUAAAAUUUCAUUCAUUUUGAAAUAAAAUGUUAUAUGAUAUUUAUUGCUCAUUAUAUAAUGACUGUUUCGUGACGGUAUCUGUGUAGUUUAUCAGAAAGAAUUGUUUUUCAAAGAGAACUUUUAGGGGGUUGAACGAAUCAUCCCUGCUUUGAAAUGUCUUGUACUUGCUUUAGAAUUAUGUAAUUUUAAAUCUUUAUUGUGUGUUAAGGUUUCUUUUUUUCAAGCACUUCAGAUUCCCAAGUCAUGGGUUCAAACCCUGUCGCUGUAAUCCGAUGUCUUUCCGUAACUCACGAGUAGCUGUAUAACUCCUCUAUUUUGUACCAAGCAAAAAAAUAAAAUAAAAAUCAAUAAAAAAUAAAUAAUCAGCAGAUUUAGAAUAUGUUCUAAAGUGUAUUGUUUUUCUGUACUUCUAUUAAUUCAUUAAAAUAUACAGUUAAUCCCCAA